AUGCACCGGGACGGACAGGCUGCCGGUCUCGGGCUUGAGACUUCCUCCGGGCCUGUGACGAGGGGGCCUUUCGCCCCGCGGAGCCGGGUGCAGGUGCUGGGCGGCUCCAACUGGAGCCUGGUGUUGCAGGGCCAGUGGAUGUUGGAGUUCUAUGCUCCUUGGUGUGCAGCUUGUCAGCAGAUUGAAUUGACAUGGGAGAGUUUUGCAAAGGAAAGCGAACAUCUGGGUAUCACUGUGGGAAAGGUGGAUGUCACUCAAGAACCAGGUUUGAGUGGUCGUUUCUUUGUCACAACACUUCCUACGAUUUACCAUGCAAACGAUGGAGUAUUUCGCAGAUACCGAGGCUCACGGACAUUGGAAGAUCUUCAAGGUUAUGUUUUAGAGAGAAAAUGGAAAGCUGUGGAGCCUGUAGCAGGAUGGAGGUCUCCAUCUUCUAUAAUGAUGCAUGGUAUGGCAGGGCUAUUUCACCUCUCUGGAUGGAUCAGGCAAAUUCAUAGCUACCUCACUGUCACUCUUGGAAUUCAUGUUUGGAUUUCUUACGCAAUCUUCUUCUUAGCUACCUUAUUGAUUGGCCUGUUCCUGGGUUUGAUACUGGUUUUGAUUUCAGACUGCCUUUGCCCAUCCAAGUCAAGAUACAGAGCUGAAACACCUGAAGCAAUUACAAAGGAUAAUGUGGAGAAUGCAGCAUUAGAAGAACCGGAGGAGGCUGCAGAGCUUUCCGCAGAUGAUGCGGAAGAGACUGCAGAUGUAAAAGAUCUCUCAGAUGGAGAAGAUGCAGCAAAUUCAAGUGCUGAUGACUCAGAGGAGGAUUUAGCACUUGGAAAAGAAUCAGGGGAAGAAGAAAUGGAAGACUUAAGUGAACAGCCUUUAGCUGAUUCAGAGACUGAAAGCUCAGUAAGACAGCGUAAAAGUCAGGUGGCUGAUAAUGGACUAUAG